CUCUGACUAAUGCCGACAUGUUACUUUUCCCCUUCCCUCUAAAUUCUUCUGUCAUUUGAACACCGACGUCGAAAGAGAUGUCGCACCGCAAGUUCAGUGCCCCUCGCCAUGGCUCCAUGGGAUUCUAUCCCAAGAAGCGCUCAUGCAGACAUCGUGGCAAGGUGAAGGCCUUCCCUAAGGACGACCCUAGCAAGCCUGUCCAUCUUACCGCUUUCAUCGCCUACAAGGCUGGCAUGACACACAUUGUCCGAGAGGCGGACAGACCCGGUUCAAAGGUCAAUAAGAAAGAAAUUGUGGAGCCCGUCACCAUUUUGGAGGCGCCUCCUAUGGUCAUCGUUGGCAUUGUUGGCUACAUCGAGACUCCUCAUGGCAUGCGUGCCCUGAAGACUGUCUGGGCUGAGCACCUGGGCGAGGAGUGCCGCCGUAGGUUCUACAAGAACUGGUACAAGUGCAAGAAGCGUGCAUUCACCAAGGCCUCCACCAAGUGGAAGGAGGACAUCGGCAAGAAGGAGAUCGAGAAGGACCUCAACAAAAUCAAGAAGUACUGCAGCGUCGUUCGAGUCAUCGCCCACACUCAGAUGAAGUUGUUGAAGAAGCGUCAGAAGAAGGCGCACAUCAUGGAGGUCCAGGUCAACGGUGGCACCAUCAGCGAGAAGGUCGACUGGGCCAGGGAAAAGCUGGAGAAGCCAGUGCCUGUCUCUGCUGUUUUUGCUCAGGACGAGAUGAUUGACUGCAUUGGUGUCACCAAGGGUCACGGCUACAAGGGUGUCACUUCUCGUUGGCACACCAAGAAGCUGCCCCGUAAGACUCACAAGGGUCUGCGCAAGAUUGCUUGCAUUGGUGCGUGGCAUCCUUCCCGCGUCCAGUUCACGGUGGCCCGUGCUGGUCAGAAGGGCUACCACCACCGCACAGAGAUCAACAAGAAGAUCUACCGCAUUGGCAAGGGCAUCCACACCCAGGACGGCAAGGUUAUCAAGAACAACGCCUCAACUGACUACGAUCUGUCGGAAAAGAGCAUCACUCCCAUGGGUGGCUUCCCUCAUUAUGGUGAGGUCAACAAUGACUUCCUCAUGAUCAAGGGUUGCUGCAUGGGAUCCAAGAAGAGGGUCAUUACUCUGAGAAAGUCUCUUCUGGUGCACACCAAGAGGGCUGCACUGGAGAAGAUCAACCUGAAGUUCAUCGACACCUCCUCGAAAUUCGGCCAUGGCCGCUUCCAGACUCCGGCCGACAAGGCUGCCUUCAUGGGACCUCUCAAGAAGGACCGCGUCAAGGAAGAGACCAAGGCUUAAUGGACUCUGUGUCAAAUAAACUUGAUAAAAUUGA